CGACAAAUAACAAACCCAUUAACCCAUUCUUACUCCCAUUUCACUCACUUCCACGUAUCUCUCUCUCUCUCUCUAUAUAUAUAUAUAUAUUUUAUACAUACACCACGCAACACACACAUAUGUGAACCCUCACUCUCUCCUUAAACCAUCCUCUUCUGGUGUCCUCUAUUUCUCAAAGUUCUCUUCUUCCAUUCUUUUCCUCUUUUGGCCCCAGAAAUGGACGUGGAUGGCACAGACCAGCUUGUGGGGUCGACCACCUCUAUUAACGUCGCCAAGGGCAAACGCACGAAACGCCACAGGCCCUUCUCCGCCAGCGUCACUCACUCCACCUCCUCCUCUGCUUCCGCCGAUGAUAACCUGUCCUUCAAUUCCUCCGCCUCCGCCACUCUGGACGCCACAGAAGAAGAAGAAGAAGAAGACAUGGCUAAUUGCUUGAUUCUCUUGGCUCAGAGCGGGGAUGCUCCUCACAAGCAGCCUCCCACCACCAAGAAUAUCAGCGGCUUCUAUGUUUACGAGUGCAGAACUUGUAACAAAUCCUUCCCUUCCUUUCAAGCCCUGGGCGGACACAGGGCAAGCCACAAGAAGCCUAAGGUUGAGCCCCCACAAGCACCCGCCGCACAAGUUGCAGGUUUUGAGUUUGAAGAAGGAGGGGAAGAUCAAUUCAAAGGGAGCUCUCAGGUUUCUCUUCAACUAGCGACCAACAAGGCCAAGAUUCACGAGUGUUCGAUAUGUGGGUCGGAGUUUACGUCCGGACAAGCAUUGGGUGGCCACAUGAGGAGGCACAGAGCACCGGCCAACACCGCAGCCGCGGGAUUGAAGCAAAGGAAUGUUCUGGAAUUGGAUCUUAAUUUGCCAGCGCCGGAGGACGAUCUCCGGGAUUCCAAGUUCCAGUUCACGGCGGCGCAGAAGUCUCUGGUGCUGUCUGCUUCGGCUUUGGUGGACUGCCAUUAUUGAAUAUUAGCUUUUUUUCUUUUCACCCGGGUUGGGGGUGAGAGGUGUGGAGGUGAACGAUCAAUGUGAAUUAUAUGAAAUAGAGCGUUUGUUUUUAAUUCAGAAUUAUUAAUUAGCAUCGACAAUUAUGUAUUCUUUGGACGAUUCAUUCAGUUUAUAAUGAAUAGAUAACAUAGUUUGUUGUCGGAGCCGGAA